AUGCACACGUUGUGGAUGAGGGAACACAACCGGUUGGCCAAACUACUGUCCCACGUAAACCCGCACUGGGACGAUGAACGUAUUUUUCAGGAGGCCAGGAAAAUCGUUACGGCAUCCAUACAGCACAUAACUUACAAUGAGUGGCUGCCAGCGCUGCUUGGGGAAAACUACACUAGGUGGAACGGGCUUGAACUGCCGACAAAAGGCUACAGUAACGCUUACAACGAGACCACCGACCCGAGCGUCAGCAACAGCUUUGCGACCGCAAUAUUACCUUUCGCUAAUUCCAUGCUAAGCGACACUAUCAGUUUAUAUACGGAACACCGAGUGAUCAACGCAAAUCUUUCACUAAAGGAACAUUACAACCGACCAAUUGGUUUACUAUCAAAUUACAUGGAUCAUCUUGUUAGAGGGCUAUCUACGCAGAAUACACAAAAAAUCGAUAUGCUAUUUACUCAAACUCUUACAAAUUACUUAUAUAGUGCUCAUCCCAGCCACGGGUUUGGAAUGGACAUUGUCAGCUUGGAUAUACAACGAACCCGCGAUCAUGGUAUACCAAGCUACUCAGAAUUCAGAAAAUAUUGUGGACUAAAAGCUAUAAGAAGUGUACAAGAUUUAUCUAAGAUCAUGGUUGAAGGUUCAACUGAUAGACUAUUGAAGCAAUACAGAGAUUGGACAGAUAUAGAGCUAUUGGUAGGUGCAUUGUUUGAGAAACACGAAGACGACUCAAUGGUUGGGCCUACGAUGAGAUGUAUUAUUAGAGAACAGUUUAUAAGAACUAGAAUGGCAGAUAGAUAUUUUUACGAUUUACCAAAUAUAUUCAAUGAAUAUCAACUGACAGAAAUCAGAAAAGUGACGCUUGCCAGAAUCUUUUGUGAUAACAGCAAUAAUGUCACAAUGAUGCAGAAAAAAGUAUUUUUGAUACCUGCGAUGGCUGAUUUGCAACUCUGUAAUUCCCAAUUAAUUCCAAAAAUCAACAUCAAUCACUGGUCAGAAAUGGUAGAUACAUUUAAAAAAUAA